AUGGUAGCACAAUUUAUCGUCGCCUUCUCGGCUGUCUUCGGCAUGGCGGAAGCUAUCCGACACACACAACAGUCAGCCAGGAGGAAAGAACAUCGCAGCCGGAAGAAUAAUCUCAUUAUCCGUUGCCGCAAGUCAACUUCUCACUCCCCAGAUAUCCACGGGAAACAUGUAGUCCUCUCAGGAGACAAGCUAUUUGUCGACACCGGGACUGAUCCCGAUUCUGCAUUUGGACACCAGUUUGCGGGCUACUUCCUGCCGUACCCAGACAGCCAAUACGCCGGUCUGGUCUCAACUAUUUGCGACGAGCCGCCCAUCAUGAACUGGAUUUACGUGGAUCGUGACACGUACGAGGUCAAGUUCGGGACCCGGCCGUACGCUCAGCACAACUACACGGGCCCCUUCGAUUGCACUAGGCAAGACAAGCGACUCACAUUCGCCAGUUGGGAAGGAUUCUGCGUCGUGAAAACAGGGAACUUUUGGUCUCUCUACUUUGACGUCGAGCAGGAUGGGCUCAAGUCAAAGCUCCCUGAGGGCGUGACUGCCCUUGAGGUGGAUCUCUUGCGCGUCGAGGUGCCUGUUAAGCCGGUCAAGCCUGAGGAACAGGAGCAGACUGACGGCAAAGAGAGCAAAGAAAACGGUGGUAGUGACAGCAGCAACAAUAACGACAGCGGUACCAGCCCGCAAACGGGAGCAAAUGAGGUGGAGUUGGAGUCUCCCGAGGUUGACUGA